AGGUCAGUUGUAGCUACCUCCACCAGAAGAAUUUUAACUUCAAAGAAAGAAUCAUCAACGAGAACAAUCCAAACUACGACUAACAAAAUAACAACAGUGGCCGGUAAUUUUUUCACCUAACUGAAAGAGUGCUGAUGCUGAUUUCGAAUUCGAUACUUGCGUCGAGUAAGAGAUGAGUUCUCAGGAGGUAAUUAGCAACUAGCUCCAUCAGAAUUCCAAUUGUCGCAUUAAAAGUAAGGAUUUCUCACGUGAAGUUCGUUCCGGCACGAUUCGACACAGCUCGUCAAACUCUAUUUAUAUUGUGAAAACGAAGACUUUCAGUUUAAGACUCGAGGUUCCAGAAAAAUUUUUCGUCGAGUAACGCUGUGACAGAAAAGGUCCCUAUAUUUUGAGAACUUCUGAUUGAGAAUCUCCGAAUUGAGCUGUGCCUCUGAAAAGUUUCUGGAAGCAAGUUGGUCGAGGAGCUGACGGACUUUCUUUUGAUAGAAAAAGCUUUUUCGAAACCCUUCCGCACGCCUAGAAAAGUCGAUUUUGUAAAGGAACGCUGUAACAUUUUUGGUAUUGUGACACACUUUUUUGCCGCACCAUUUUUAGGCACUAAACGUUCUUCAAAAAACUUCAUACUUAUAGUCUGUAUAGUUGCAGGUUUCCUGAAAAGAGUCCAGUGUAAAAUAAAUUUUUAUAUUGAAAAUUAGUUUCAUUUUCUAAAACAAAAGUCCGAUUCAUGAUCAGCAUGAAAAGCUGAGUCUAGUGAUGUGUCCCUAUCGAUUCUCCGACAAAAAAUUCUAUAAAAUCUUGAUCAGCCGGGUGUGGCGUUAUGUAUGAAAUGCUGAAAUGCAUCUGAGCCGCAGUUACGAAGCUUAACUUCCCGGUUUACUGUUCCUCAGAUUCGUAUACUUUACACACACACAACAUUUAUCUUACACCUUACACAGAUAUUCUGACAGCUCUGACAUCAUUCGACUCAGUUUUCAACUCUGAUUCCGAAUAUGAUGCUUCAAUUACAUACAAGUUGAGUUCUGAUGAAGAAAACAGUGAAUUACGAGUCGAAUUUUUACUUUUUCGCUCCCAAUUUAGAAAAAAUGUAUUUCCUCAGUAGGAACGUAAAAUGGAGAAAAAGACGAUGCAUACUUUUAAAGCUCGUACAAUAGCAGUUCUAAUGAAGUAAAACAGUCGGCUUCAUCUCUUCACAAAAAAACUAGAUAGAUCUACAAAAAAAACAUACCAUUUUUAACGAUCUGAUCACCGAAGCCAUGGUCAGUCGGAUUUUGAGUAUGAAGUCAAGUAAAUAUCAGUUUUAUAUUCAGAUUUUAAUGUUGAAUCUGAAAAAUAUAGUCUGAAAGGUAGAAAAGAAGUAUGAAUGGAGAAAAAUGAAAGGAUGGGGGAUAAGACCACGAUAAGACCGGAAAUCGAUCUCCUCUCAAAUCAGUCUUAUGUUGCCUCAUCUGAUGCAGUUUUUCUCCAGCUGUAACCCCAACAUACGUUUAGACCUUAGAAAUUUCUUUCGGCGCCGAUGAAAACGUUUUACCAAAAAAAUAUCUUCUCUCGAUAGAUAAUCUUUACUAAAAGUAUUUCAGCAUUCUACUCCUUUUCUCUAGAGCAAAUAUCAAGUAUUAAAUACCGUUCGAUAGAGAAUUUAAAGGGCUUCACAAUGAGCUGUAAAUAAGUCUUUCAAAAAUAUGUCUGCAUGGGUCAAAAGCCGAAAAUACUUAUCCGAUAUAAUGAUUUUGACCUAUAUUAGUGCUUUAAAUACUCUUUUAGUCGUUUUUCUGCCAUAAUGAAACCUGAUCUAUUUCACAAAAACAUACCAUUGGAUAGCCCUUGAAAUUCUCUACAAAGUGAGCUGGUCAGGAUAUCGGAACAGAUGGGGCCAGUCUUUAAGAUAUGGAAAAGAAGCGUUGGAGUGUUAUCUAUGCAGUACAGGAUGUCAUAAUUACAAGAACUCCUUUGUUCCGAAAAAGGAAACAUUCCAGUGAAAAAGCAUGAUAGACACCCGCGAGAGAUCUUAUUUUACUUUCAAAUUCUGAGUAAACUAAGACCUCUCGUGGGUGUCUAUCAUGAUUUUUCACUGGAAUGUUUUAGUAAGUUUCGCGCUCUUUCUCACUGUAAAAAGUGUAAGGUAAAUUAACAUUAUCUUCGGUUAUGUUUUCAUUAUAACCUAAGCUAAUACUACCCACUUUGUCUUUUUGGUAGUUUUAUUCUUUGUAUUAAUGUUAAUCUGCUCUAUCGACACUUUUACUGUAAAAGUCAGCCUGAAAGAACACCUUGCUUUAAUGUUAAUUCAAACUAAAUUCUUUACAAUUUUCGUUUAGUGCGAACUCACAUUAAAAUAAAGAUAUUCGCCUAUAUUGACAUUGAAGAUUGGUUUCUAUUUACAUUAGAGCGAAGAUAUGACCCCUCAGAUACGUGUGAAUUUACCUUUUGAGGAAAGUAUACAUGAACGAUAAAAUGAGUUUACAUUAUACUGGAUUAUCUUUUCUUCUCUGAUUUCGGUAGUUUUCUCAUACGUAGUAAUGUUAAUGUGCUCGAUCGCCAUUUACUUUUUAAAAGUCAGUAUGGAAAAACGCCUUACUUUAAUGUUAAUUCAAGCUUAAGUUCUUAUAAUGCCUUUGAUAUAAAUUCACAUUAGAAUAUAAACAUUAUAUUAUAUAUAAUUAACAUUAGAGACUCGUGUAUUAGUUACGGUAGAGUACAGACAUACAUAGAUAAAUUCACAUUCGAAUUUGUUUUUUUUUUAAAUUACUAUUAGAGAUUCGUGUAUAAUUACAUUAGGGUAAAGACAUACACGUGUAAAUUCACACUAAAGAACGUGGACGUACUUUCUGACUUAUAUAUAGAGAGAAAAAAAUAGAAAAAAUGUUUUAUAAGAACAAGCAUUACGUAUGUUGUCUGUUUUAUCAGUAUGUUGCAUCGGUACCAGUCAUUAAUUUAUCAAAUAGAUUAUAUUCAAUCAAUAAUUAAUGUGUAUAAUAUUUAUAUUAUUAUGUUAAAAAUUGGUGUUUUAUAAUUGACAUUUUCUGUUGUGUGAGCUUUUUUUCUAACAUAAUCACACGUACAUUGAUGAAUUUCAGGCAAUUAUACCAUAUAAAAACUUCUUACAAGUGCGGCCGACUUUUGAGAAGGUUUUAUGGGUGUUGAUGCCACUAAGGAUUUUCCUUCGAAAAUAAAUGACAAAUUCUCUUCACUAUAGACCGCCAGAUAUUUUUUUAUUCCAAUUCUCAGCUUUUUUUGUAUCAUGUCACUGAUUUUUUAAACAAAUUCGAAAAAAAAAAUAAACAUUGAACAAUUAUGAGCUUGAUUUCAAAAUUAAACAAAUAAGGAAAUAAAUAUAUAUAAUGUGAACAUACGCUACGGCCAGGCACAUUCACACAAAACGAAUACAAAAUCUAGUGUAAAUACAUACAAGCAAUAAUUUUUUCUGUGAAUUUUCAAAACAUUGAGACAAAAUGAAUUUACACCAAGAAAGAUUUUGGAAGAUAAAUCAACCGUAUGCUUUAAUGUGAAUUAACACGAUAGAAAAGUUUUUAAAGAAAAUGUAUACAUAACCUAAUAUUUAGUGUAAACUUAUCAUAGUGGAAAAUUCACACGAAGGUGGUAGGCUGCCCCUAAGAUUUAAUGUGAAUUUUUUUAACAGUGUUCAAUGUCUAAGACUGUUCUAAGGAAAAGUGCCUGGUAAAAUCUCAGUGCUCAAAAAUCGGUUUUCUAGAAUCCCAUUAUGACGUAAGGGAGCCGAAAAAAUUGCUGAUACCGUUAGAUUCAGCAUGAUCGAAAACGUCUAAGAUCCAGCUUCAAUAUUAGAAACGGUAGUGUGUAAAAAUUCGUCUCAUUGCAGCUACCUCGACCAAGCGAAUUUUAGCUUCAACAGAAACCUCAUCAGCAACAACAGUUCAAACUACGACAAAUGUAAUAAUUACAGUAGCAGCUACAUUAGUUACGUCAACAGUUCAAUUAACAACAACUACCACGAUACUAACAACGACUGUUGCUGCUACAACCAUACCAGCAACUAGCUUAAGUGCAGCUACCUCGACUACUGCAAUUUUAACUUCAACAGAAACGUCAUCGGGAGCAACAAUUCAAACUACAACCAAGGUCGUAACAACUGUGGCAGGAUCAACUACAACAACCUCAGAACCAAUUUCGUCAACAGCUCAAGCAACGUCAACAACAACCACAGCACCGAUGACGUCAACAACUCAAGUAACAUCAACAACAACCACAGCACCAAUGACGUCAACACCUCAAGCAACGUCAACAACAACCACAGCACCAAUGACGUCAACACCUCAAGCAACGUCAACAACAACCACAGCACCAAUGACGUCAACAACAACCGGUUGUCCGGGUUGCUGUGGUGAAACUGUUGCUACUGGGUUGAAUAAUCCUGCCUUCGUAACUAUAGAUAGCACUGGAAAUCUUUUCGUUUCUGAUUCAGGAAAUCUUCACAUUACGAAAUUUACAUCUGGUUCAACAACGGGAACGGUCGUUUAUGAUGGUAGUGGUAGUAAUGUCUCUCCUCAAGGUGUUUAUAUUGUUAGUGAUGGAACGUUGUAUUUUGCUGAUAAUAGUAAUUCUGUUGUAUUCAAAUUAAUUAAUGCAACAGGAAAUCCUACAAUUGUUGCUGGUGAAUUUGCUACACCUGGUAAUCCACCAUCUCUGUUUAAUUAUCCGUACGGUGUAUAUGCUGAUAGUGGCACAUUUUAUGUUUCGGAUGCUGUAACUGAUGUAGUUGUAAAAUUUUUCUCUAAUUCAACCAACGGCACUGAUGGAACCGUUGUUGCAGGCAGUUCGGGUAACUCAGCUAUACUUAGUGGACCAGCUGGUAUCUAUGUUGUUAGUAGUUCAGGAAAUCUUUAUGUAGCUGAUAAUAAUAAUGACCGUGUGGUACGAUGGUUACCGGGUGCAGAUCCCAGUACUGGUGGUGUAGUUAUCGCUAGUAAUACUCUGGGUAAUGUAAAUGGUGUUAUCGUUACUGCAAACGAACAAACACUGUUUGUAACUGAUAACACAGCCAACUCUGUUAAAAAGUUUACCGUUGGUGUUGACACUGCUACGAUAUUCGCUGGAAAUGGAACAGCAGGUUCUGGUGUUUACCAGCUCUAUGCCCCAAUAGGUUUAGCUUUGGAUUCAACUGAGCAAUAUUUAUACGUAGUCGAUUCGGGCAAUGGCAGAGUUCAAAGAUUUUAUAUUCCAAGUUGUUAA